CCAAAAUACAUAUUACUCCUAGAAUAUAAGCCCAACAAAAUAUAUUUUGAAAGUAUCAGCAAAUUUGAUAGAUGUUGAUAUAAUUGGAGUCCAUUGUUGGCGGUAAGUCAUGGUCUUACGUUUACAGACACUAUCACGGUCAUUCAGAAGGAUGAAAUACUUAACACAAACAGAAGCUCAAAACCUUGAUAAAGACCUCAUGGGUGAAGAGGGUGGAUUCACACUCCAACAACUGAUGGAGCUCGCUGGUUUGGCAUGUGCACAGACAGUACAGAACCUUUAUCCAGCACAUACACACAACAAAGUUCUUGUAGCUGCUGGUUCAGGUAACCAAGGAGGUGAUGGACUCGUGGCAGCCAGACAUUUAGCUCUCUUCGGAUACAAGCCAACAUUAUUCUACCCAAAGCCAAGCAAAAAUGAGUUCAAUCAGCAACUUGAGACACAGUUGAAGCACUUCAAUGUCCCUAGGAUUACGCCAGAGGAGUUUGAUAAGGGUGUAGCAUCGAAUGAUGUCAUUUUAGAUGCAAUUUUUGGAUUUUCUUUCAAAGGCGAACCACGUGCGCCAUUUGAUGCACCAAUUGAGACCCUAAAGCAGACAAACAAACCAAUAGUAUCUGUGGACAUUCCAUCAGCCUGGGAUGUCGAGAAAGGCAAUAUAGACAAUAAAUCAUUCACUCCAGCCGCAUUAAUUUCACUGACUGCACCAAAAUUAGGUGUGAAGCAGUUUACAGGUGUGCACUACCUCGGUGGACGCUUUGUACCACCAUAUAUUGCCGAGAAGUAUGCUCUACAUCUUCCAGUCUACCCGGGUGGAGAUCAAGUUGUAGAAAUUCCACCGACAAGUCUAUAAUAAGGGUUUUUGCAGUCGAUGUAUUUAUAUCUUGUAGUGAAAUGAAUGGAAUGAAGGUACACACGGUGACGAAGUGUUUGUGCAAUAUCUACGCGUUACUAGAAGGGAGAUAAUUAAAUAAAACAAAUUGGUAUAUGUAGAUAUUCAAUUAGUUUCUCUUCUAUCGCGUCCAUUUCCCUCUACACUUCUCUUUUCACAACG